CUUGGUGUUAGUAGGAUAUUAACACGACUGGUGUUGUUAUUCGCGCGCGCGACUAAUGUUGGCGGCGUCGCGAGCUGUUACAGUUACAGCUGAAUAUUUUACCUCAGAGUAAAAAUAUCUUCUGCAGCGGAUGUGUACAGAGAUAAAAUAUAUUAUUCCAUCUUUAAUCAUUAUACAGCUAUCGUUUACUACUAAGUUUUUACUGAGAUUAAUUGCUAAGUCAGUCGCUGAACAGAAAACGCGGUCAGAUUUGUGUUGUGGUUUGGAGUCGAAUAAGAGCUAGCUUAAAGCGAACUAGCUGCUUUACAGUAAUUAGCGCCUUUCUUUUCUUUAAUAACCUAGUGUUCUAGAACAUUCUAGAAUUUUCUGUAACAUCUUGCAUGACCUAAAUACAUAUCAGACAAGUUAUAAAUCAACUUUCUCUCUUCACAUAAGCUUCAGGUCACUGAGCUGGCAACAUGAAAAUGUCAACUAGUGCAUCCAAGAAGAGAAAACAGUGUUCUCCAAACACUGAAAAUAAUCCAGCAAAGAAGAAAGCCUUGAGACAGGAGACUUGCCCAAAGAGAACAUCCGCUCGGCUGAAGGAGAACUGCCCGUCUCUUCUGAACUCCCCUGAAAGGAUGCGCUCUCCAUCGCGCUCUCCCGGUACACCUAGGAAGAAGCGGCGCACCUCCACACUGGAGUCUCCUCCCAAAAGAGCGUCUCCUGUCAAAGCCACCUUGGGAGCAGGCUCGUUUUACAGCAAACAGAAACCCCUUUACCUCACCCCGCUCGAAAGAAAGGUGCUCAAGGAAACUAAGUCGCCUCCAUCAAACCAAGAUCAGCCGAGCGCUCCCGUGUCUUCAGCAGGAAACAACAAACCCAAAAAGCUGAAAAAGAAGGAGAAAGCGAAAGUGCAGAAAUCCAACCUAAAGGGCUACUUUGCUCCUAAACCCAACUGCAUGCAAGCAGAUUCCUUUACAGACAGUGUGGAAGUGAAGAAGCAGACUUCUAUCACAUUCAGUAGUUUAAAAUCCAAAAACAAACCCAGGAUCGUCGUCGGUGCUGCGUUCUUCGGCACCGGAAAAAAGCCAGCUUCCAUGUACAAGCCACACGCUCUGAAACCGAAGCCCAAACAAGCCAUCCCUCAGAAACCAGCAGUGGAGAAGGGCACAGCUCCAGCAGAGAGGGAGCGCUCUCCGGUGCGCCAGGCUGUUUUUAUUCACAAACCUAAACCUAAUCCUCAGCUGCCAUCUAAACCCAGGGACUGCGGUAUUUCUGAGGGCACAGAACAAACACCACGUUUUCAGACCUUGAGUCUCCCUAAGACCACUGAGGUUAAUAUGGCGGUUGCAAGGACACCUCAUUCACCAAUCAAAUUCUUGGUCUCGAAUACGGAUCACCAGGCCAUCACACCUGCCAAUCCUGAUUCAGAGACGGUGCUGGACAUCAGUGAAAUCAGUGCCCCAAAUAACAGCAGCUGUUUAGAUAAUGACACUUCAGCUGUGUACCCAAUCUUUGGCUCAAGGAGGCCUCAAAAGAAGCGUGCUCUGUCGUCCCCUCUGAACUGCAGUACCCCGUCUGCAGGCACGCCGUCUCUCAUGGUUAAAGAGAGGAGCGCCAGAAGAAAGAAGGAGCUGAAGAAGCAAAAUGAUGAUGAUCAGCUUGUCAUUGAUGCCGGUCAGAAGCAGUUUGGUGCUACGAUGUGUAAUUCCUGUGGCAUGCUGUACAGCGCAGACAGUCCAGAGGACAACUUCCAGCACACGCAGUUCCAUCAGCGCUUCCUUGACACGAUCAAGUUUGUGGGCUGGAAAAAGGAAAGAGUUGUGGCAGAAUUCUGGGAUGGCAAAAUCAUCCUUGUUCUUCCAGACGACCCAAAGUACGCAACUAAAAAGGCAGAAGACGUGAGACGUAUUGCUGAUAGUGAGCUGGGAUUUCAGCAAGUCACCCUCAGCAGUCCCAGUGCUGCGAAAACCUACCUGUUUAUCAACAGUGACAAGAUGGUAGUAGGCUGCGUGGUGGCUGAGCCUAUAAGACAGGCGUUCAGAGUGCUGGCACAGCCGGAGAAGCUCAAGGACAUGACCAAAGAGGACUUCAUGGAACAUCACAGAGCCUGGUGCUGCUCCACCGUGCCAGAGAAAGCCAUCUGUGGAGUGAGCCGAAUCUGGGUGUUCAGCCUGAUGAGGAGAAAGGGCAUCGCCACACGUCUGCUAGACACAGUCAGGGGAUCAUUCAUGUAUGGAAGUCCACUAACCAAAGAAGAAAUUGCCUUCUCCGACCCCACUCCUGAUGGCAAGCUCUUUGCAACAAAGUACUGUGGAACGCCCUCAUUCCUAGUCUAUAACUUCAUUGGCUAACUGUUUAAUAGUUUAUAAACGAAGAAAUGACCUGCUGCUUAUCUGUUUAAUGUUUUUAACAGUUUACUUUAGUGUUAAUGGAUGUUUUUACCAAUACACAAUUAAUGGAACAGUUGAAACAUUAAUUAAACAAGUGUUGUUUUUUAUAACCUCAGCAAUUGAAGCUGUACAGUUUCAUAAAUUUAUAUCAAAAGCAUAGUAAAAUUUAGACAAUGAAACAUGUCUCAGUUUAGUGUUUUUCUCCCUUACUCUUAAAUUUAGGUUGAAAAAAAACAAACUUUAAUAAAAGUUCAUUACUCAGGCAAAUUCAUGUUUCAGAUUUGGAGUAGUUAAACAGUCCAAACUGACCCCUCAUAGUCUGAGUACAAUCUUCCGCUAAAAUGUUUUAUUUGCAGUCUUUUUUUUUUGUAAAUAUUUUAAAUAAAUGUUGCUGCUAAGCA